CUUUGUCUGCUUAUUAGAUCUCCUUCCUGCACACUCUUGUUUAUUUUUGAGAGUUAUGAGGUUGGUUUUGAGAGAGGUCACGGAGACACGGAGCACGGAGAUCACUAUUUAUUUUCUGUGAAGACGAUUCAGUCGAGACGUUGGACGAGAUUUAAAAAGUUGUAAGGUUGUUAUCUUCUUGAGGAAGUCACCAUGCCGAAACCACUUGCAGACCAGUCCCUAAAUUCUUCAACAUCCUCGGCAGACAAAACUGAAGUGGGGAGCGGCCAGCAGCCUAUCGUCAAAAUUGGUCACUACACUCUUGGAGCCACAUUGGGCAUUGGGACAUUUGGAAAAGUCAAAAUCGGCGAGCACCAAGUGACAAAGCACAAGGUGGCAGUGAAAAUCUUGAACAGGCAAAAAAUUAAGAGUCUCUCAGUGGUGGGGAAAAUACGGAGAGAGAUCCAGAACUUGAAACUUUUCAGACACCCGCACAUAAUAAAAUUGUAUCAAGUGAUCAGCACUCCCACUGAUAUUUUUAUGAUUAUGGAAUACGUAGCUGGAGGUGAACUGUUUGAUUACAUAGUUAAGAAAGGAAAGUUGAAAGAACACGAGGCACGCAGAUUCUUCCAGCAGAUCAUCUCAGGUGUAGAUUACUGCCACCGGCAUAUGAUAGUGCACCGUGACCUGAAGCCAGAGAACCUACUUCUUGAUCACAACCACCACGUAAAAAUUGCAGACUUUGGGUUAAGCAACAUGAUGAUGGAUGGCGAGUUCCUGAGGACGAGCUGUGGCUCUCCCAACUACGCCGCCCCAGAGGUCAUAUCGGGGAAGUUGUAUGCAGGUCCUGAGGUGGACAUUUGGUCCUGCGGGGUCAUCUUAUAUGCCCUGCUCUGUGGAACACUGCCCUUUGACGAUGAGCAUGUCCAAAAUCUCUUCCGAAAAAUAAAAUCUGGUGUGUUUCCCAUACCAGACUAUUUAAAUAAGUCGGUUGUUGGCCUACUUUGUCACAUGAUGCAAGUUGACCCCAUGAAAAGAGCAACUAUAGAGGACAUCAAAAAACACGAGUGGUUCCAAAAAGACCUGCCAGCCUACUUGUUCCCUUCGUCAGUUGACCAGGACUCGUCAGUCAUUGACCUUGAAGCCAUCAAUGAAGUUUGUGAGAAAUUUCAAGUGAAGGAGCAGGAAGUGCACAAUGCUUUGCUGAAUGGAGAUCCACAUGACCAAUUGGCAAUCGCUUACCAUCUGAUCAUUGACAACAAACGAAUUGCUGAUGAGGCUGCUAAAGCAGAACUCAAAGAUUUCUAUGUUGCCAGCAGUCCACCACCUGUUUCUUUUAGCCCCAGUGAAUUUGCUCAAAGUCCGUCUAGGCCUCACCCAGAGCGAAUUGCUCGUAAGUUUUUUUUAUUCAUUUUCUGUGAAAAUUGCAUUAAAAAUAAUAAUAAUUUAGCGUUGAGAGAGCGUGUUUUGGCUUCAAGCGGUGGAGCAUCUCUUGGGGCCACCUCUCACCUGACAGAUCGACACCGCGCCCCUGUCAAGAGGGCCAAGUGGCAUUUGGGAAUCCGCUCGCAAAGCAAACCUCAUGAUAUAAUGGGCGAAGUCUACAGGGCAAUGAAGGCUCUCGAUUUUGAGUGGAAAGUGAUAAAUCCGUACUACGUCAGAGUCCGCCAGAAGAACAGGACCAUGGAUGACUAUGUGUUAAUGUCCUUGCAGCUUUAUCAGGUUGACCCUAAGAGCUACCUGCUGGACUUUAAGAGUCUCAGCGGAGAGGAGCAAGAUUUGAACGCUUCCACUGACCUGCUGUCGCCACAACAACAGGCUACUGGCCACCACACAAUGGAGUUUUUCGAAAUGUGUGCUGCACUCAUCACACAGCUUGCACGAUAAUACCGUAUAUUGUUAAAUAAUCAUACAUAUGCAGGGGUAGUACAAGGGUUGUUGAUUUAGUCAUUGGGUAUUAUAUUAUUGUAAAAUUAAAAUAAUACAAGAAAUUUAUUGUAGGUCUUUAAUUAUUGUAUUUUGUCAAUAGUUCUGGGUUAGACAUGAAAUUAGAGGAAGCUCCUUCUUGCAUCUCUCACUUUAUUGUUUAAACAUAUUACUCUCGUGAUAAAAUUUCCCCACCUCUGAUAACUGGCGAUCUAAUAAUUCAAACCAAAAUAAAACAUUUUAAUUUCUUCUUGUAAAGGCUAGCAAUAAUAAAAUCUUUAUAUAAUUCUCUAAAAUUAAAUGAAGUAAGUGUGUGACCUCUCUUAUUCCUUAUUCCCCUGAUGAACCUAUUUCACUUAACAACAGCAAUUUAAUAUUUUUUUUUUUUAUCAAGGUAAGGUGCUCGG